AUGUCUAAGUUCGUUCCUGAAAACGUCUAAAAGAAGCUUGCUAGAGACGAAAAGUUGAGAAAGGCUAAGGCUGAACAAAGAAAGGCCUCCUCCGCUCAAAUGAAGCAAAGAAAGGCUGAAUGGAUCUCCAAGGCCCAAAAGUACGCUGCUGAAUACGAAGCUGCUGAAAAGAAGAUUGUCGAUGAAAAGAGAAAGGCCAGAAAGACCGGUGCUUUCUACGUCCCCGCUGAAGCUAAGGUUGCUUUCGCCAUCAGAAUUAGAGGUGUCAACCAAUUACACCCUGAUGUCAAGAGAGUUCUCAGAUUAUUCAGACUCAGAUAACUCCACAACGGUGCUUUCUUCAGAGUUAACAAGGCUUCUUUGAACAUGAUCAAGAGAGUCCUUCCCUUCAUCACUUUCGGUUAUCCCACCAGAAACACCAUCUCUAAGCUCAUCUACAAGAGAGGUUUCGCUAAGGUUAACGGUCAAAGAAUCCCCCUUACCGAUAACACCAUCGUUGAAAAGUCCCUCGGUAAGUUCGGUAUCACUUGCGUUGAAGAUCUUAUUCACGAAAUCACCACUGUUGGUCCCCACUUCAAGGAAGCCAACAACUUCUUAUGGCCCUUCAAGCUCGAUACUCCCAGAGGUGGAUUCAGAAAUAAGAGACACGCCUAUCACCAAGGUGGUGACUGGGGUAACAGAGAAGUCUACAUUAACGACUUGGUCAAGGCUAUGCUCUGA